GCGGCUUUUUGGAUAUCCUGGGUGGGUGGUGGUGGCAAAACUUUACACGUAGGACACCCGCGACAAUCCUGAUAAAUGUCUCUAACUCUUGAAUUUUGCACUAAAUUCUAUAGAAAGCUGGUUUUCUUUCUUUAGUCCGACUGAAGAAAUAAAAUGGAUUCCAGAUACAUUUCGGAGCAACAGCCGUUGGUCGGGACGAGGGUCGUCGGCGCCGAUUUCGGCUGCCGGGCGGGUCGCUCCGUGCUGCGCGACAACCGGGUCCCCGCGGCGGAGACCGGCGGCCCCGUGCCGGUGUGCGCUAACGGGCCCGUGUUUUACAAAUGCCGAACGGACGGCGACUGCGCGCGAGGGACCGUCCCAUCUCCCGGUGGUCGAAUGUUUCACGACGUGGAAAAAGCCGUCCCCGGGGACCACAAAGACUCGGGCUCCUCGGGCAUCUUGAAGAGGGCCAGCCCGACCCACUGCCCCGCCGUGUCGCCGGGCGGCUUCGUGCACCUGGACCUCAGGAACCCAGGGAAACAGGCGGAGCGCAGCGGGCCCCGCCCUUCCUCCCACAUCCCCGUCCCCAGAAACAGGAAGCCCUCAUGUCACGCUGAUAAAGAGGUGAUGGCUGCCACCGUCCUGACCUCACUGUCAACAUCUCCGCUGGUGCUCCCCCCCUCCUCUGCACCCACAGUCCCGGAGCCGGCCAGCAGGACUUGGAAGGAGGUGUUGUCGACCAGCUACAGCAGCUCCACCAGUGGCAACUGGAGCUGGGACGCCAGCGACCAAUCGGUGCCCUCCACGCCGUCCCCGCCGCUCUGCAACGACGCCAACAAGAACUUCCUGCUCUCGUUCCGGGCCGACGAUGCGACUGAGGACACCGCGGAGAGCUCGCACUUCAUGUUUGAGGACCCCAUACCUCGGAAGCGGAAGAACUCCAUGAAGGUGAUGUUCAAGUGCUUGUGGAAGAACUGUGAAAAGGUCCUCAGCACCUCUUCGGGGAUCCAGAGACACGUCCGCACCGUCCACCUGGGGCGGGGCAGCGACUCGGACUACAGCGACGGCGAGGAGGACUUCUACUACUCGGAGAUCGAGGUCAACAUGGACAGCCUGACGGAGGGCCUCUCCAGCCUGACGCCCACCUCCCCCACCACCAGCAGCCCCCCGGCCCCCUUCCCCCUGCCGCUCGUCGUCUCUCCCUCGGGGCAAAUCAACGUGAGUGGCCCGCAGAGCCCCGCCCCCACGCUGCUCAGCCAGUCGGCUCCCUCUGUGUUCUACCACAUCCACACCGACCACGCCUACCAGGCCACAGCUCCAGUGAGUAUCCCAGUGGGUCCUGGUCUGGCUGGCUUAGCUAAUGGGACCGGGCCUGGAAUUGGGACUAGGGACGGCCUCAGUGUGUCGUGGCAACCCCCUCCUCUCAUUUUCAAAGGCGUCCCGGGCGCUGUGACCAACGUCCGGGCCGUCGGCGUGGGGGAGAAGAGGCCACCGGCCGCCGCCAAAGCGAUACUGUCCCCGCCCCCCAAAACCAUCCCGGGAACCAGGAAACCCCGCGGGGAGGCGAAGAAGUGCCGGAAGGUGUACGGCAUGGAGAAGAAGGAGAUGUGGUGCACCGCCUGUCGCUGGAAAAAAGCCUGCACCCGAUUCACCGACUGAUCCCACGACAGCUUCCCAGAAUCCUCUGGGCCCCGGCUGGAGGUGUGGGGGAAGGGGGGCGGGGCGGCAAAAUGUAAAACAUACUGCAGGAUGGGAGACCUUUUAUUUUCUAAGCUUAAUUUCAUAAAUAAGGAAAAUGUCUAAUUGGAACUUUCUUUUCUUUCUUUGCUGUGAGUUUAUGACAGCCUCAAGGCGGUGUUUUAUUUUUUUUAUUAUCCGAUCAUUAUAGGAGCAUCACGCAGUCACCGUUUAUGGGGUGAUCUUUUUUUUUCUUUUUUUUUAAAGAUGACACUUUGCUAUCUUUUUCUUCACCUUUUACAGUUGAAUCUGCAUUUUAGUUUAUCUGCAUAUUGUUCAACACAUACUUCCUGUUAAGCAGCUUCAGCACAGAUCCACAAAACGCUCACACGUGGUACCAAAAAGUUUCCCCCCCUUCCAUAUGCCGUUUUUGACGUGGACGAUGAGUGAAUCGUCUCUGGAGACGUGGAAGAAGAACUCCGUCUUUAAAGCGCCACUGAAGCUGCAGCGUGUGGCUGACAUCUUGUUCUUAGAGUCCUCUCGCUUCCUGUUUUUGUCGUUCAGGGAAAGGUUUAAUUCUUAAAAGAAAAGCUGUUAGAAUUGCGUGGAGCCAGUUGGAUGUACGCAGUUGAAGAUCGUGCGGAUUGUAACCCAACAAAGAUGGUGAUGAAUCAGGCUUUUUAAUUAUCUUCUUAAAAUGGAGAUCUGUUUUAGGAACCUAAACAUUUUUACGCUUUGAUUUUUUUUUUUAUUGGAUGUGUUUAAUCCUUCCGAAUUAUCUUUUUGACUAUUGAUGAUUCUUCAGAAUGUUUAACCAGGAAGUUUUAAAACCUUUUAGAAGUGUCCUGAGAAGAUGAUGUCAUAGCCGCGUUCCACAUCUUUAGCUGAAAUGUAGAAUUUUAGAUACAAUUGUCAUUUUUCUUAAACGCCCUUUUAAUCAAUCAGCCUCAGUUUUAAAACCUGUUUAGUGUCUAUAAAUGAUCCAAGAAGGAAAUGGAGAUGCUUGGAUCUUUUUCCCCCCCCCUUUACUGCAUUAAAGGGUUGUCCCUCAAAAUCCAGUAAAAGUCACCUUAAUGUUUGAAGGUCACCAGAUUAAAACUGUACCUCUGCAGAGUUUGUAAUUGUCUUGAUAAUUAUGAUGGUAGUAAAAUGCCCAACUUCACGUGUAGUCAUUUUCAAAUCAAUAAUAAAUUCCAAUAAGUAAAGUUGUUUAACUUACUUAGACUCUAUAAAGGAUAAUAACAUACUUUUCCUAAACUAGUCAACGAGAUAUUACAACUUUCCUCAUAUCAUGUCACCUUGAUCUAAAGAAAUAUUUUUGUUGACACUAUAUAUAGAUAUAUAUUGCUGCAGUUUGUCCUCCGGCACUCUGCCUUGACCUCAUCGCCAUGGCGACGUGUGACAAACAAGGAAUCCCCUGUCGCCAUAGUGACGCCUGUGCUUUCCCACCGUCCUCAGGCCUUCCGUAACGUGGUGCUUGUUGGUGGCUUCAGGCCGGACAUUAGGCACAUGAGACUGCUGUAGCAGUAAUUUAAUCUAGAGUUUAAAAUAGUUUAUUCCAACCGCAUCCCAGAUGAUCUUCUGGUCAGACUUCACAAAGUGCCAAUGAAAACAACAUAAAGGUGUACUGACCUGAUGAAUUGCACUAUUUUUUAUACAUGAUAGUUUUUAUACACAAAGUGUGAGAUGAGAACCUAUUUUUUCUGUUCUUAAGGGAGGGGGGUCGUCACUGCCCGACAGAAUAGAUGGGGUCUCAGGGAAUAGGGGAUCUUUACCUCUGAGCGGUUUCCCAUUGAUUAAGUGAUCACUGUGUCAGAUUUCUUGUGUGGUACGUAUGUAGUCGCUCACUUUGUCGAGGGCCUUGUCUUUGAGAUGGAAAACACUGUUGAGAUCUUAAUAUUCAUAUUAAUGGGUGUUCAAACUCACAAUCCACAUGUUUUAUUCUUAAAGCCCCUCUCUGCUUCCUUUCAGAUUUGCUGAGGUAGAUGCUGUCAGUGCUUGAAACUAUUUUUUUUUGUUGCGCAGCCAUCGGUUCUCUUUCCAAAUGAAGCUCUUUCUGAUUCCACCGGGGGGUUCAAAGGUCUGCGGUCCCAGUGUCAAGGAAUUACAAGGGAAUUCUGCAGAUAUUUUAGCAAAAACAUCAGCUUGGAUCCCUGGCCUCCCAAAAAUAUAAAAAAACGUGAAAGGUGUUGCUUGAUCACGGAGCUGUGAAUGGCCUCCCAAAAUAAAUAGUACAGCAUGAGGGGACAUAUAAUACCCUUUUCGAAAAAUAACUUCAAAAUAGUUAUUUGAACAGAAGGUUGAUGGGGUCAUAUCUGGGGCCUAAUUCUAGCUUAAUUUGCACUAUUGCGGCCAGCUGUAACUGUAGUUUAGCUAACGGUGACUAGCUUAUUUUACAAUUACUAGUUUAGCUAACGGUAACUCUAGUUCAGCUAAUGGUAGCUAAUGGUAAGAGUUGAUCAACGCUACUGCAGUUUAGGUAAAGCUAACUUUAGAUUGGGCACUAAACCCUCCCCUGCCCCCCCCCCCCCCCCCCCCCCCCCCCCCUCGGGUGGUAUUGGUAAGAGCUCUGCUUGUGGUCGGAGAGAACUCGAGGAACUAAGAUGACUUCCAUGGUUUUUCUUGCUGCCCGUGAGAGACGAGACAAGGUCGACUGUUAGAGGAUUUUCAGGGAAAGCCGAGAUGAGCAGUGACGAUGUGGAUGGAAUUUGCAGUUUCAGGGCUUUAUUGUACAAAUGCAGCAAUGAACGUGAUGCUUUGUUUUCUCGUUACAUGAAAAAUAAGCUUUUAUAACAGUAUAGUGGCUCAAAAUAUUGUAUUUUUGGAGAAGUUGAUUGAGAAGCUCUAGUGAACAUAACAUGCAUUUUUAUUGUAGCUUAGAGGCAAAGGGGAGAAAUACAAAACCUGUUGAAUGUAAAACCUACAAAAAUGUUUGUUAUAGUUGCCUGCUAGUUUCUACUUCCUGUAGCGCAUACUGGUUUUCACACUGCUAAUUCAUAUCAAAUAACGCAACCAUGCAGUAUUGCUUUAUUAUCUCACUUAGUGCAAUGAGUGGCUUUGUGGGAGCCCCCCCAGCCCAAAAUGGUGUGCGGUUGUGAUCGUUGUUUGUGACGAUAAGUUGUUUUUAGGCGGGAUCAAGUUUUGACCGUGUGGGCGUCUUCAUCCUGCCCGCCACAUUCCAACCGACGGCGAGCUUCUUUCUUUUAUUUUUUACCUGCGUCUUCCACUUGUUUCCUAAAAGACAGAUUCUUCUUCUCCUCCUCCUCCUCCUCCUCCUCAGCUUCACUGUGGUCCCGCCUAAGCCUUUACCCAGUUCAUUAAGCUAAUCUAAACCCUUGAAAUGUGCAUUAAAAUGACAAAGAUUAAAAAAGCCUUUUUCCACUUUAUUUUUUGUUCAUAAAUCUACCCGCCGCUUUCUUGAAUGUUUUUCCUUUUGUGUGCAAACCAGCAGCAGCGAAGCCAAUAGAUCUCCCUCCAAAUCAAGUGUAUUGAAACGGCAGCUUCACUCAGUUCUCUGCUUUGUUUACUCUGCUUUCGCAACCGUGUUCACGCUGAGCCUUCAACAGACUCCUGCUUGUUUUCUCAUUGAUUGUCCGGUUGAACUUGGGGGUUGUUUUUGCAUGUUUAGCAUCGCUCCGAGAUGUAACGCCGAAGGCCCCUAGUCUUCAUCAGCAGGCCCGCCGCGCACACGGAGGAAGCACUUUCUUAGGAAGUGGUGCACUCGAGUAUUUUCUGUGAAUGUCGAGCCUGUGACUAGCGCUUGAAGAGUGGUGAACCGUGUCUGAUGUGAUCAAUGUGAUGUAAUGUGGCGGUGAGAGAAAUAAACCUGAAUGGAAGACA